AUCCAAAAUAAUUUACGUGCAUUCUCGCAGUUAUGGAGAGAAUAUAUAUCUGAGGGCCGAGGCAGUCACGGAACGAAUAGCAGUAUAAUUUUAUAAAUUAUUUCCGUUAUUCGGUUGGGAAAGUGGUCGAAACUCUUGAAGCUACCAUUUGAUUAUCCUAACGUGAACAGAAAAAAAUGGCUCAAAACCUUCAACUAUUUCCUAAUGGCAUGCCCGUUCUUUUUUAUGGUGAAUUGUUUGUUUUGGCCAGAGAUGGCGUUGAGUUUGAAAUCGACAAGAUCCCCGGGAGAGGAAAAGUGAAAGCCAAGGGGACUAUCUACUUGUCUAACGUACGCAUGGUAUUUGUUGCAAGCAAGCCUACUGGGAAUUUCUAUGCAUUUGAUAUGCCUCUGUUGCAUGUUCAUGGGGAGAAAUUCAACCAGCCAAUCUUUCAGUGCAACAAUAUUUCAGGACACGUGGAACCGGUUGUUCCUGAAACUGAGAAUAGGGCGCUAUACUCAACUCACUCGUUCAAGAUUUUGUUCAAGGAAGGAGGCUGUGGCACCUUUAUCCCAUUAUUCUUCAACUUAAUCAGCUCUGUGAGGCAGUACAACCAACAUGCUGCAUCUGUCCCUGAGCCUCGUGUUGAUCCAUUACGUGCAGCACAAACUCCUGUGGACGAAAUGAUGAGACACGCGUAUGUCGAUCCAAAUGAUCCAACAAAGAUCUUCCUACAGCAGCCUACACCAGAGUCAAAUCUUAGACGGCGUACAUACCAUUCACAAGGGGACAACCCCAUGUAGACAAGCACAAUUCGGUGUCUACUCAUAUAUGCAUCGUAGAUACUUGCCUGGUCAUGUUCUUAUUUUCAAUCACUUAUGGAAUCUGAAUCUUGAUUUUACUCUCUAAGUUUGAAUGUCGUUGUAUACACUGUCAUAUGUGUACAGUCAGUAAGUCAUAAUGCUUUGAAAGGUGCCUAUCGAUUUAUUGUGCAACUGUGGGCAUAAUGUGGCUGCUUUUGCUCAUCCUGUUAAGAUCACGGGCACAAUUUUUUUUUUGGACAUAACAACUAAUAGGGUAAAGGAAGUAGAAAGAGUCGCACAAAAACCUUUUCGUGUUUGUUUCCUCCCCUCUAAAUUUGCUAUACAAAUUAAGGAAAUUCAAAUUGUAUCUUUCUAAAUCU